GCUCGGCUCAUCAUGUGACUCUUACUCAGUUAACUUCAGUGUGGAGCGCACAAAGCCCGACGCGUGUGGAAAAGAGGCUGACAAUGAAACAAAGCUCACGUUCAGCACCGUGUCUGGCCAUGACACUUCACUUUAAUGCGCAACCAGCUCUGAAGGAAACUGGUGAGUGGAGCUGACCUGGUUAGAGAUGCACCACACCUGAUCAGGCAGGGCUCAGGAGACUGUGGCUGAGGUCCAAUCCAGCCAAUGCACCCUCCCCCUACACACUUUCACUCUAUCUGCACGGAGGAAUGGUGCCCACAGUGCAGCUCUAUCUGUCUUCAGCUGCCUGGCCGACUGAAAAAGCUCUUUGUGUUUUAUAUUCAUACUCUUACGCAGAGACAGCAUACUUAUUCACAUGACAGAUUUACUUUCUUACUUUAACACUGCAUCAUUAUUUAGAUUGUUAUGUAGUUUUGAGGCACAUUGUGGCAUGCAUUUAAGAAAGAACAGUUUCAUGAGUUUUGAGCCUUCUUCCUGAGCUCAGCUCAUGUUAAAAUGCUCAAUUUUCCACAAAAAUAAUCAGUUUUUUAACUCACCUGGUGAAAUUAUUAAGGCUUAUUAUUGAGAGUGUGUCAUCUUUGACAGACUGGUGGAUGCCGAUACAGGUGUCUAUAGCUACUAGAUGUCUGCUUUGCUUCACUUCUGCUAACUGGAAUAACUGCGUUGUGCUUUUGUUUCCUUUUGGAUUAUUCGUUAUGCCUUUAUCUUACAAAUAAUACCGUUUUCUGUGCCAUAUUGUUUGCCAUAUAAUUGUACUGACUGACUGCGUAAAAUUCUAGGAUUUUAUUUGGAUCUUACUAAUUAGCAGGUCUCUGGGACUGUGUGAUGCAUCCAUAUGGUCUCUGGGUGCAGCUUGCUAAACCAUCUCAUCUCAUCUUUAUCUUUAAUCCUCAUGGCAUGAUGGGAAAUGCUAUCCCUUGAUACGAUGUUAGCUUAAGGUGUGAUUUAUUGUUAACAGUCUCUCCAUAAUCUGUGUUCUGCCUGAAGCCUUCUCCUGUAAAGAAGGAGUUCUUCCUCCCCACCAUUGCCAAGUGUUGCCCACAGGAUUCUUAUGAAUAAAUUUUGAGUUUUCAUAGCUGGCAUCACAACAGCAGCGGUAUCGUGGUUAGCACUGUCAACUCUCUGGGGGCCCUUUCUGUGUGCAGUCUGUGCAUUAUCCUUGUGCCUGCAUGUUUCCUCCAGAUGCUCUCGUGUCCUUUUCAGUACUGCUUGAAUUGUUUGCUGCAAUAUUUUUAUGAACCAUAAAUAUUGUGACACAUUUAGAGCUUUUAUGUUAUUUCUUUUUAUAUCGGUGUCACCAUUUUAUCAUUGGAAGAUGCAGCAGUGAAUAUAAAUGUUUCUGUUGUUUUACUUAGUGAGCACUCUCAGUAAUGGAUUCUUCUGCAGUGACUAAACAGAGGUCGCGGUUCAUCCAGCAUUUUAUUUAGCAGCGUAUCGCUAAAGAGGAGGAGGAGGAUGGCGUUGUGCUGUAAUGGAAGGGUGAUGAGGAUUUUAAGGUUAUAGUGAAAAUGCACAGAAGGAAACUGUCAGAGGUUAGCUGCUGUUGCUGCUGUUGCUGCUGCUGCUGCUCACACCUACACACAGAAUAAGCCAACAAACCUUGAUUUCCUCCUACACAACAACUGCACAUUAAGUCUGGACUCUAUCCUGUGCAUCACACACACUGACAAACAUUUCCUCCUGUAAUUAGCACAUUUCCUCCCCUCCAAUAAUUCAGGACCAUCCAGUGUAACCCAGUGACUCCCAUUAUCUGCGGGAAGUUAAUUUGUUCAUUCACACAGGAUGACCUCCUGCAGGUGUUGUCCGUGCACCGCCGAGCUCCCACGCCACUAACACUGUCCUCCGAACAACAUUCUUUGAUUUGUCUUCCUCUUUCCUUCUCGCUGCUCAACCCACUCUGUCCUCUUUAUCUGCCUCUUCAUCGCUCUCAGGCUCCCUUUUCAGCUGAUGGAGCUUAUUGUGGACAAAUAGGCUUACAAGUGUCUCUAUGGCAACGGCGGAUCGUAAAGAGCUACAUAAGCACUUCAUCAGGGGCCAUGAUCCAACGGCUCCCAUUGGAGAUGGUGCCCCCAACCUCCCGCAACAAGUAAAGGCAGGCCAGAGAGGCUCCUGGGAGGAGGGGAGGGCGAGAGGUGGCGAUAAUGCUGAGAGCGGAUGGAAGAGGAGAAGAGAGAAAAACCAUUUCUCCUCUCUCUUCUCUCUGCGUUUCAUUCAGCCAGUCUCUUCGACAUCCACCCAGCUCUUCUGCUUCCUGAGGACUUUUACUGUUCGGCUCUACGGUGAUUUUAUAUCUUGUGGAGACCAAAGAAAACUUCAGAAACAAGGAAGAGGGAACAGUGACGGAGGACACGGCCAUGGCCUCCUGGUUCAGCUGGAACGAGCCGUAUUACCGGACUCCCCGCCGGGACCCGGCCGACGUGGUCACCGACACCCUGAUGCUCGAGCUCAGCUGGCAGCUGAAGGAGUCCGAGAAGCAACAGAGAGAGAAGGAGAACGAGUACCGACGCAUGAAGACUGGGGUCGACUACAGCUGGCUAGCCAGCACGCCCCGGUCCACCUACAACAUCGGUACAGGCGAGAGGCUUGGCCUGGAGGACCUCUGUGCCAAGGUGCCCCCAUCCUGUUGUGGGCUGGUCAUACUCAAGUUCAGGGAGGCCAUGCAGGCCAACGAGCCCGAAGUGCAUGAAGUUUCUGGUCUGUUUCGCUCCGUCCUCAUGGAGGCUCUGGAUCACCUGAAGGAGGAGCAGGAGGCGGAGCGACUUGCUCGCCAGUGGAACAACAAACGUGCCAUGAGCGUUUCCCUCAUGAACUUUAGAUCGCGGAUCAAGAUCAACCCGUUUGGAAGCACGGUGGGCCUGACCUCUGCUGCAGCUGAAGGGGCGGGUCUAAGCGACCUCAAAACCGUGUCAGAGGACGUGGAGAGAGGGAUGGACAAGGACGAGAAGAUGCAGAGAGUGUGGAGCAUGCCUGACUUUAGAUACAAAGGAACCGGCAGCAGUAAGAUUGUUUGAUGCGGGAGUUCACGGGAGAGAGAUGGUGAUGAUGAUGGUGGGACAUUUCAGUAGGACUAAUGCUUUGUAGCAGUGUCCACUUUUGCACCAGGAGAGAGGAUGAGUCCAUCUGUCCUCCUGGUUUUACAGUACAGUACCAAUCAGCAUUUGAUCCUGCUUUACUCUCUUAUCUGAAGUGUCUUUUUUCUAGUUUAUAUUUUAAAUAUUUCUCAGUACUUGAAAGAAGUUUCAUGAGAUUAUCGCUACUUGAAGUGAUGCCUCUUUCAUUUUGCAGAGAUUUGGCAUCUAAGCACUGAGGGCUUUUUACUGUAGCCUAAUAGGGAAAUUAAUCUAAUUUAAACUGCUGUUUAUUGGGAGGAGAAACUUGGUGCUAGGUCAGACUACACAGGCAGGGCUGGGCUAUAAAUUUUGUUCACACAGUUUUUGUAUAGAAGGAAAAUAGUCUUAAAACAAAUGACUUCCAAUGAGAAGGUGAGUCACGCGUUUCCUCCUGAACUGCACAGAAGGACCCAGGAACAUAAUUCAUCAUCCAAGGUCGGUGAACUGAAAGCUCUCUUCCUGUGCUCUUUAUUCGCAAGAGGAUGUUGGAGGGGAGGGGUUGGGGGGGAAGAGGAAUUAAUCAUCAAAGGCUGUCAGAUCAAAGUAAAAGCUUUGACGCACUUUAAUUGCUGUUUCUGCUCCAUUUGUCACCCACCAUUAUUCAACAAUACAUAAAAGGUUUCAUCCAUCAUCCAUAAACAUCUUGACAUUGUCUCCAUACAAGAGGAACUGACAGUGUUUGUGUUUUUAUAUGUCAAUCCAAUAAAAAUGACUGAUUUUGAAA